AUGCUCCGAUCCGCCCUUAACCCUCGCAUAUCGGAAAAGAUUAUCGGCCUAGGGGUCUCCCGUAAGGACUACGAUACGGCCGUUGCACGGUACCGUGAAAUCGCCAUCGACCUAGAGACAAGCCUUACCGCGAAACGCUAUGCGGACCCUUACCGGAAUCACAACGAUAACGCCCGGGAUCCGCAGGCAACCGCUCGGGAUAAGGAUGGUGAUACGCCUAUGACGGGCGUUAACAAGCUAGGUUCGAAGGGCAAGAAGAAGUCAUCCGCUAAAAGGGCAGUAUGGGUUUCAAGAGAGGUCCUUAAGGAGCGCUACUAG